GCGGCGGCGUCUCAGUCUCCAUCCCGACUCGCAGCCCGACAGCCUGACGGACGGACGGAGGCAGCGGCCCCGCUCUCCACCUCUCUGGCUGCGCGUCUCUCGCGUUUUGCAUCGCUCCAUCGUCUCUCAACGCAGAGCGCGAACCGGAGCCCGGUAAUGGAGACGGCCGCGGACCGGGGCUUUUCCUUUCCAGGGGGAAGAGAUGCAAACUCGCCGGAAGAAUAAGGCGUCAAGGCACAAACACCGGUUUUCAGCGGAGACCGUCGCCGCUGCUGUUUGUCACAGUGACGCCUGGCUGCGUUUUCCUCUUCCUCUCCUCAUUCGCCGACGCGCCUUCGAGACCAAAUGCUCCGCUCGGGAAGUUACGGGCGAAACGCGGAUAAAUCCUCCACGGCGUCUUCUCCGAUUUGCAAGAGGCGCUCUCAUCCAAAGGGUUUCUUCCUCUCUGAGGCUCCUCUCCACUGACAUCGGCGCCGAACUCCACAGUCCGUCCAAAAGGAUUCCCCGUCAAGGUCACCCGCCGUUUUCGCUUGGCUUGGGGGUCUAGAGGCGCCGGGGCUCCUGCCAUCAUGAAGGGGUUGGGGACCAACCGUAACAGGCACUUGUCCGACUCCUGCGAUCCAGCCGCUGGACAUCCAGAGGCCCUCUACCCCCAGAAGACCAGCACCCUGCCACGCAGCCCUUACCUGCUCAGCCCCACCAUGGAUCAUUAUGGCACCAUGGACCCCCACCUCUAUUCUGCAGCCAACCCGGGCUCCCUUCCACCGGACUGUAUGCUGUCACUCAACAAUCAAAUGUCCAACAGCAGCACUUUCCCGAGAAUUCACUACAACUCCUACGACCAGUCUGACUUCUCCCCACCUGGGGACAGCAUUGGCGGGAUAAGCACAGGGACCAUGGGGACGUCCAUGUCGUUGGGGAUGGGAGCGAGCAUGGGAAUGGCGGGGCUCAGUGGACAGGCAUCGCUGAUUACGAGCGGUUCAGCAACUAUAUCGCACCACAUGACGAAGAACCAGGCGCCUCCCGGUCUCCUGGAGUUUGACAAGCAGCUGCCCGGGGGCCGAGACGGAUUCAGCACCUUGCAGUUCCAUCGGACGGCCGCCGUUGCCAAGCAGCGCACGGACAGCCCCGGUCGGAUUCGCUACAUGUUGCACUCGGUUCAGAAGCUCUUUGCAAAAUCCCAGUCCCUGGAGAGCCACAACAUGAAAGGGAACGUCAACGGGCGCUCCACGGGCAGCGGCGGAGGCUCGUCUAGCACAGAGGACGCGGGGAAGCACAAUCGCAGAGCCAAAAGCAAAGAUUGCGUGACAAAGGCAGAGGCGACCUCCAAGCGACGGCCACGGUCCAACAUGUCCGGGUACUGGAGCUCAGACGACUUGGACAGCAGCGACCUGAGCAGCUACCAUAACACCAUGGCCAUGAUGACGCUGGGUCGCCCAACCGGCCACGGGAGCCAGGGAAUCCAAAGCAGAUACAUCCACAGUGGCUACAACACGAUCAGCUCCUCUAAAAGCAGCAACGACAUGAAGUAUCCGGCACUUCCUGCUCCUGCUAUUGGAGGAAGUGGUGGAAUAGGUGGAACAACGAUGGUAAUCAAUGACGGUGACUAUAUGAAAGGAGGCUCCUGGUCCACGUUGACUAUGGGCCAACCAAGACAGGUGAUACAAAAGGGCUCAGCUACUCUGGACCGGUCCAUGCUCAAGUCCAAGUCCUGCCAACAGGAGCUAACGGGCAACUACCUGCAGGUGGGACGCAGGGGCGACUGGAGUAGCACAUUAGGGCGCACUGGGGGUGCCAACGAGAUCCCAUGUCGGCGGAUGCGCAGUGGUAGUUACGUAAAGGCCAUGGGAGACAUGGAGGACAGCGACGACUCGGAGGGAAGCCCCAAGCCCUCGCCAAAAACCGCUGCCCGCCGCCAGAGCUACCUCAGGGCCACGCAGCAGUCUCUGAGUGACCAACUACCCCCGCGCAACAGAACCCUGGAUUACACCCUGUUGCAAGGGGAGCUGGACGCCCUGUGGUCUCCACUCCACAGUGUGUCCUCUCUGCACCAGCUGGGCAGGUCAAUGAGCAGCUGUCUUCCAUCGCUCAGAGAGCUCUCCAAUAACCGCAGCCUGGACAAUCUAGACUGCAUUGGGGGCACAAUUACGUCUUUGCCGCGCUGGGAUGACGACGACUUCAGCCAGGUCUGCAGCACUCUGGGUCGACGUAGCUGCCUGGGACAGCUACGCGACUUGGAAAUGAGUCAUCAUUAUGAGGACCGCAGCUCCGAUUCCACAUUCAGAGAUUCCCGCUCCCAUUCUCAGGACAACCCAGAGCCUCCAGACGUGCCCAUGCCAACAUGCUUCCGAUCCCGCAGCCACAGCUACCUGAGAGCCAUCCAAGCUGGCUGUUCCCAGGACGACGACACGGUGUCCAUAGACUCGGCCUGCUCACCGCCGCCGACUGGCACCACUGUUCACACCUACAGCACCAGCACUGACAACCUUUCUACCCAAUGGAAGACAUGGAAAGAACAGUUUGGCUCUUACCUCAUAGCCACAGGCUUGGACAAAGCCCCAAAGGAGAAACAACUUGCAAUUUUUCUUCAGCGUUUGGGGACAGACAGACCGCGCCUCCUAGCCACAAACACAGUGUCUACAUGCAUAACCACCUGUAGGAAAACUGCUCCUCCACCGGUGCCACCCCGUACAACCUCAAAGCCCUACAUCUCCGUCACAGUACAAAGCAGCACAGAGUCGGCGCAAGACAACUACCUGGAUCAGCAGGACCGGAGGUCAGAGGUCAACAGCCAGUCCAGCCACGCUCACAGCAACUCAUCUGACAGUCUUGACAGCACUCGUGCCAACAGCUUGGCCCGGGGCAUUCCCCGCCCUCCGCACAUCAUCCCCACUCCCAUCGCCAUCCCAAGAGAACCGGUGACCACCGCCACCGCCAAUGCUUCCACUGAGACCAGCGAUUCAGUAGUUCAGCACGAGGCCCUGAAAUCAGGAUUCAAUAGAGGCAAUCUAGCAGCAGAGGAGCCGCUCGUGGCCCCAGUCCCCCGGCGGAAACUGUCCUCCAUCGGCAUACAGGUUGACUGCAUUCAAGAAGUUCCACAGGAGGAGACCCCACCGCUGGCCAGAUUUCAGUCGAUAGGAGUACAGGUGGAGGACGGGUGGCAGCUCAGUCGCUCCAGUAGCAUGGCCUCAAAACAAGAAACCGACUCAGAUACGCCAGACAUCUCUGUCAUCUCUCACAUCAUUAACACUAAACGCACCGAGAAGAAAGUCAUGGUCAACAGUGGGAGCCAGUCCUAUAGCUCCGCUCCAGGACAGGACUCUUUGGACAAUGGAGACGCUGCCGGUGACACCUCUUCGCCCCCACCACCCAGGCAGAUCCUCAACCGCUCCACCACGAGAAGCAGCUCCUCCUCCUUCUCUGAGAGCCUGGACCCAGCGCUGGACCCCUCGUCGCUGCCGCCUCCAGACCCUUGGCUGGAAAGUGGGAACGGCAGCAACAGCAGUGUUCCCCAGAGCGGAGGAGGGGGCACGCUGUGUCGGAGGGACGGCCACUGGUUCCUGAAGCUGCUGCAGGCGGAGACGGGGCGCAUGGAAGGCUGGUGCCAGCAGAUGGAGCAGGAGACCAAAGACAACCAACUCUCAGAGGAAGUGCUGGGAAAGGUUCGCAGUGCAGUAGGAAGUGCCCAGCUCUUGAUGUCUCAGAAGUUCCAGCAAUUCCGGGGCCUGUGUGAGCAAAACCUGAACGCGAACGCCAAUCCACGGCCCACGGCCCAGGACCUGGCUGGUUUCUGGGACCUGUUGCAGCUCUCCAUUGAGGACAUCAGCCUCAAGUUUGAUGAGCUGUACCAUCUCAAGUCUAAUGACUGGCAGCCAAUGCCGUCUGCAGCUGCCCUCUCACCCCCUGAGCGGAAGGGCGAGGAGAAGGCGGCGCCUCCGGCCUCAAAGAAGCCCGGUAAGGCGCGGCCGUCGCUGGGCCGCGAGAAGAGCGCCGACUCGUCGUCCACGUCUUCUUCGGCCUCGGCAGAGAAACAGAGACAGGAGGCUCGCAAGCGUCUGCUGGCUGCUAAGAAGGCGGCGUCGUUUCGCCAGAACUCUGCAACGGAGAGUGCGGACAGCAUCGAAAUCUACGUCCCCGAAGCCCAGACUCGCCUCUGAGGGGACCGGUGACGGAAGUGGGGAAAAAAGGUUUGCAGUGCAGAUGAGAGGAUGGAGAUGGGGGGGUCCCAGACACCAUCCCACAUAUGGGAAUAGGCGUUAACUUGGGCAUUUAUUUUCUGUUUUGACAUAUUGGUACAGUUGUAGGCUGGUCCUGGAGGCAUCAAACAUUUAAAAUAAAACCUUGAACUGUUUGGACUAGACAGACUAUGAAGCAGGAAAGCCCUCAUGUGAGGCUGCCAUGGAAAACCUCAGCUGACAAACUGCAUUUCUUGUUAAUGCUCUUGAAAUGAUAAAAUUGUUACUGAAGCUAUUGUUAUUACUACAAUUAUAUCCUAAUGAAACAAAUCUAUACGAAGACUGUUUAAAGUGUUCCUCUAUCCUGGCUACGAGAUCUGCUGAGUGGACGAAAGGCGAGCAUUACUGCUUCUCUGUCGCUCAUCCUUCUCUCUUCCCAGAUCAUUGGCCAUCUUGUAGCUUUGCACAGCGCCGCCUUGUGGCCACCGCGCACACUACACCCACAGCACCACAUCACAAAGUCUCUCCUGUGUGUUGUAUGUCUUCCUUCUAUUUAUUUGUUUACUCUGUUCAUCCUGUGUUUUGUAUAGAUUACGUUAUUUUGAAUAUUUUUGUUAUAAUGAAACUGAAAGUCAGGUUUGAAGUUGUAUUCACAUUUCGCUGUAGGAUCUCUGAUUUUAGUCUCUAAUGACAGUGGCCACAAUGUUAAAUCUUUAAUUUAGGCUUCUCCCUAUUCCAAUAAUUUUGGGUCUCGUGUUUGUGCUGUAACCACAGCUGUUUAAUACUUUAAGUGCUUUUAUGAAUCCUGCUUAGCACUAACUGUUACGUCUGGAUUGGAUCUAAGGUUCUGAUUGAAGUAAGGCAGCAGGCUGAGUGUGCAGGAUGAUGCAGUGUUGUUCACGUCGGCGCACACGUCAGGCCACGUGCGCUAAUGUCAUGCUGUUAUUUUUAUACUGUUUCCAAGCAUUUAGGGUUUGUUUUGCUUCUCAUCUCAACACAAUCCGUCUUGUUUUGUUUUUUGGGGUUUUCAUUUUUUUUACAUUACCGUUUCCUCCCAUCAGACAUCAUCCAAAGUACCUGCACUUUUUUUUUAAUUUAAAGAAAAUAAUAUUUAAUUAAAGCAUUGCAUACUUUA